CACAUUUUGAAUUUUGAUUUUUUUUGAAAAUAUUUCAGCUGUAAAGAAUUCCAGAAUAUCAAAGUUGAGGUUCGAUUGUUCAACUUCCAUAAUCGUUUCUGAGAGUUGAAAGUAUUGAAUACUCGUUGCGAUACGAUACAUUCCAGAACGUGAAAUCGUGAACAGAACUCUAUUUCGAAGAUUAAACCUAGUGAUUAUCUCAGCAUUUCCAAGGCAUGUACUGAAGAAAUAAAGUAUUCAAUUCGCCUCAUUAUGAGCUCCGGCAGAGUAACCCGUAGCAAAAAAUCCACCGGUAACGACGAAGAGAAGACCGAAGUGGAUUUAACCGCCAAUAUUUUAAUACCGCCACCAGCAGCAGCUAAAACAACCCGAAAACGUAAGAAAAACGUCGAAAUAUCUUACGAUGAUGCCAGAGAAAACGCCGCUGAAAUUAAAUCCGAGUACUUCAAAACUGCCGAGGAAAAAUGGACCCCUCCAAAUUGGAAAGAAGUUUUGCAAAAUAUAAGAAAAAUGAGAGGAAGUUUCGAUGCACCGGUUGAUACUAUGGGCUGUGAGCAAUGCAUCAAUGAGCAAAGUUCUGAAAAGGAUCAACGUUAUCAUGCGUUAAUCUCUCUGAUGCUGUCGAGUCAAACGAAAGAUCAAGUAACAUUUGCAGCUAUGCAACGUCUCAAAGAACACGGUUUAACCAUCGAUAAUAUUUUGAACACUGAUGAAGCUACCCUGGGUAAAAUUAUCAUCCCUGUUGGUUUUUGGAAAACAAAAGCAAAGUACAUUAAAGAUACCUCGAAAAUUCUCAAAGAAAAAUACAACGGUGAUAUUCCAAACACUGCUGAAUUACUUUGUACGUUACCUGGAGUUGGUCCUAAAAUGGCAUAUUUGUGUAUGAAAAGUGCCUGGGGAAUAGUCAGUGGUAUUGGUGUGGAUACUCACGUUCAUCGAAUCGUAAAUCGCUUGAAAUGGCUUCCAAAACCAACAAAAACUCCAGAAGCAACUAGACUAGCUUUAGAAGCAUGGUUACCUGAAGAAUUGUGGCACGAGAUAAACCUGUUGUUGGUUGGAUUCGGUCAACAAAUUUGUAAACCAGUUGGGCCAAAAUGUAACGAAUGUCUCAACCUGAAUCUUUGUCCUUCUGCUAAUCAAGCUUCUCCGAAAAAGAAGAAAUAAUUUGUUAAAUUCCAGUUUUUUGUACUUUUUAUAAUAAAUUUAUUAUUUUUUGAAACUGUUUAUACUUAAAUAAAGUAAGGUAUUCGUAAAACGAGCUAAACUACAACAUAACAAUAAACUAUUUUUCGUAAUA